UAAUCGCUGCCCAGACGGAAGGAGGUCGGCUGAGUGUGGGGCUGGUAUGUUGCUGAGGUCUCCUGCAGAGCCGACCGAGCCGAGACUGUUGCGGCCAUGAAGGUGGGGGAAUGGUACUAAGGAUCCAAGUAUACUGUUAAAAAAAGAAAAACCCAAACAUGAGGAAGGCCGGUGCCACAUCUAUGUGGGCUUCGUGCUGUGGGCUGCUGAAUGAAGUCAUGGGAACCGGAGCUGUCAGGGGCCAGCAGUCAGGAUUUGCAGGAGCCACUGGUCCAUUCAGAUUUACACCAAAUCCUGAUUUUUCCACCUUCCCACCAGCAGCUACAGAAGGGUCUAAUAUAGUUUGCAAAGCCUGUGGACUUUCAUUUUCAGUCUUUAGAAAGAAGCAUGUUUGUUGUGAUUGCAAGAAAGAUUUUUGCUCCGUUUGUUCAGUCUUACAAGAGAAUCUCCGUAGAUGUUCCACUUGUCACUUACUACAAGAGACAGCCUUUCAGCGGCCUCAGUUAAUGCGACUGAAGGUGAAAGAUCUACGGCAGUAUCUCAUUCUUCGAAACAUACCCAUAGAUACUUGUCGAGAGAAAGAAGACUUGGUAGAUCUUGUACUGUGCCAUCAUGGACUAGGCUCUGAGGACAACAUGGACACAAGUAGUCUGAAUUCUCCAAGGUCCCAGACUUCUAGCCUUUUUACACGUUCAUAUUUUUCAAACUAUACAGCCCCCUCUGCUACUGUGUCUUCAUUUCAGGGAGAGCUUAUGGAUGGGGACCGGACCUCCAGAUCUGGAGUGCUGGCACAGGUACAGAGUGAAAUAGCUUCAGCAAACACAGAUGAUGAUGACGAUGUUGAUGAUGACGAUGACGAUGACGACAACGACGAUGAUGAUGACGAUGACGACGACGACGAAGAAAAUAUGGAGGAUCGGACUCCUGGGCUUUCUAAGAAGAGAGUGAGAGCUUCCCUGUCUGACUUGUCAAGCCUUGAAGAUGUGGAAGGGAUGAGUGUGCGUCAGUUGAAGGAAAUCCUGGCUCGGAAUUUUGUCAACUAUUCCGGCUGCUGUGAAAAAUGGGAGCUGGUAGAGAAAGUAAACCGGUUAUACAAAGAGAAUGAAGAAAACCAGAAAUCAUAUGGUGAGCGGCUGCAGCUGCAGGAGGAAGAUGAUGACAGCCUGUGUCGCAUCUGCAUGGAUGCCGUCAUCGACUGUGUCUUGCUUGAAUGUGGGCACAUGGUUACCUGCACCAAGUGUGGCAAGCGCAUGAGUGAGUGUCCCAUCUGCCGGCAGUAUGUGGUGCGAGCUGUGCAUGUGUUCAAGUCCUGAAACCAAGGUUCUCCCAAACAGGACACUUGCCCCCCAAACUUGAUCCCAAACAUUUCAAUGCACAGAAGGGACUGGAAACACAGUUCAAAGGCUGAAGCUAUUUUUAAAAAUUAUUUUCACUACUAAUGUGACAGAAAGGUAUAUCCUAAGUUAUAGAAACAUUAGUCCAUGCUAUGAGCUUGUCUGCCUGUGGCCACAGGAGCCUCCCAGCCAGGCUUCCUCAUAAGACCUGUGAACAUUAAUUGCUGAAGUCAGAUUGUGCCAUGUGUGGGCUCUGCUCCUGCUGUCUUUGGAGGACACUUAUCCUAUAACUUCCCCUUCAUCCUAUUUUUAACUUAAACUACUCAGAUGUUUGAAACUUCUGUUCUCUUUAAAUGAAAUCACUGUCCACAAGUAGCUGAUGUGGAACAUGCUGAGAAUUGGCCCCUCCAAAUGUUUACUUUAUUAGUCUUGUAUAUUUUAAAACCUAAUAUUUGAUGAAUGUAAGUUCCCACAUUGUUGCUAUUUCUGCAUUUAAACAUAAAUGGAACAACUGAUAUUCUGUAGUCAACUGCCAGGGCCUUAGACUAAACAUGUCCAUUUUUGUUCAGGUACAGCUUUUUAUAGCAAGGGCUGCAUCUAGCUUCUUUUUUUAGAAGUCUGUGUGCUAAAAUUCCUAAUGAGUAAUGAGUUUACAAUGUUUUGUAUAGUGAAGGUGUGUAUCUUCAGUGCUACCUGCUAGCUAAUUUCAACUCUAGGAAUAAAAUUAGAUUUUAAAAGUUUU